UGUUUCAGACAGACUGUUUUUGCUGCAGUGAACGGUAGCCGUGGAGAGAGAGCUACACAGAUAAAGAUACACAGAGAGUGUGUGUGUUAGAGAGAGAGCGCAGGAGGAAAAAAAAGCCAAAGGAAAACAAGGGGAGUCAGUCAGGAGAAGAGACCGGGAGAUAAAAAACAAAGAAAAAGUCGAUAAAAGCAAAGAUUGAGAGGAGGCUCCGGACCAGCCACUGCUGCGCAUCAAAGGAGGGACCUGACUCAAAAAGGGACCUUAUUGGAGACCCAGCGGCAGCAGAGCCCCAGUCCAGAGGCGGAAUAGAAGGAACGGUGUGUGAGGUGACACUCCAGAGCUCCUCUGCCCUCCUGAGAAUUCAGCGAGACAGACGGAUCUGUGCGCCCGACCAUGGCCUUCCCAUCAGCCCCCUCCACAUUAUGGAUUGUCAGCUUAUUGACAGUACUAUUUGCAGCUGCGGUGCAAAGCAACAUGGUCUACGGCGAUGACGACCCCCUUCAGCCCAGGACCAAGGAUAAGACCGCCUCCGUGGGGGGUAAGGUGACACUGACCUGCGUGGUGGCCGAGAGCGACAACUCCUCCCUGCAGUGGUCCAACACCGCACAGCAGACCUUGUACUUUGGAGAGAAGAGAGCGCUAAGAGAUAACCGCAUCCAGCUGAGCCGCUCCACACCCACUGAGCUCUCCAUCACCAUCUCUGAAGUGCAGCUGUCUGAUGAGGGCAUUUACACCUGCUCCAUCUUCACCAUGCCAGUCCGCACCGCCCAGGCCAUCGUUACUGUGCUGGGUGUUCCCGGUAAACCUCAGAUCUCCGGCUUUGAGGACGCAGUGCCAGAGGGCAGCGAAGUCACCCUGACCUGUACCAGCACCGGCAGCAAACCUCCUGCCAAGCUGCGCUGGUACCAAGGAGACCAGGAACUGCAAGGGCGUCCGGAUGUGGUGGAGUCCGUUCCAGACGAACCUACAUACAAUGUGAGCAGCGAGCUCACCCUGAAGGUGAGCCGCAGUGAUGACAACGCCCUCAUCACCUGCGCCGUCGACCAUGAGUCUCUGGCCCCGGGGGACAAGAGGAGCGAGCAGGUUCUACGGGUGUUGUACUCCCCUGGUGUGAAGAUCCUGCCCCAGAGUGAUUUGCCUAAAGAGGGAGAGAAGUUUUAUCUUAAGUGUGUGGGCAGCGGCAACCCAGAGCCUACCUCCUACAGGUGGGAAAAGAAGAACGGAGAGUUCCCCCCAUUGGCUAAAGUUGAAGGUGCUUACCUUCACUUUGAGAUGCUCAACAAAUCCGAUAAUGGCGUCUACCUCUGCUACGCAGGCAACGGAAUUGGAACUGAAGGCCUGGGGGAGUACACGCUCCAAGUACAAGGCCCCAUGGACCCAGACUUUCUGCAUACCACUCUUAGCUCUUCGACGUCUCCUCCUUCAACUAGCCCCUCUUCACCUCCUUCCUCUCUUGACCAUACCUCCUCGUCUGACUCCUCCCCCUCUCCCACUACUGAAGUGACAACCCCCAGACCUGAAUCCUCCACCACCUCCACCCUUUCCAACGCCCUCUUUCCUGACCUGCCAUCCAGCUCUGAAACUUCUCCUUCUCCUUCUUCUCCUUCUCCCUCCCUCACAAGCACUGCUGCCCCUACUGCUACUCCCUCUACCUCCUCCUCCCUUACCUCCUCAGUUUCCGUCCAGCUGAAUGGAGUUUACACUUUCACAGAAGCUGCAGACAACAGCGCAGACCCCACAGCCAUGUCGACCACUUCAGGGGGGGACCACGCCGUGAUAGGAGGUGUUGUGGCUGUUAUCGUCUUCAUCCUCCUCUGCCUCCUCAUCGUCCUCGGCAGAUACCUCAUCAGACACAAAGGAACGUAUCUGACCCACGAAGCCAAGGGCUCGGACGACGCCCCCGACGCCGACACAGCCAUCAUCAACGCAGAAGGAGGCCACUCCGGAGCAGAGGACAAGAAAGAGUACUUCAUCUAGACGGAGGACGGCAGAGGUGGAGGAAAGGAGUGGGAGGAGGAGGAGGAGGAGGAGGAGGAGGAACAGGAGGCAGAGGAGGAAGAUGAAGAAAAGUUGGAGGACAUUGAAUAGAGGAGAGAGGAGUGAAGUUAAAAAAAAAACCCUCCAUUUGUUUUCACAGUGCUUCAGUUCUUCACUCGGUUGGAGGGAUGAUGAUGAUGGUGAUGAUGAUGAUGGUGAUGAUGAUGCUGAUGAUGAUGAUGAUGGGAGGGGAAAAGGGAGGUAAAGUGGAAGCAAAAGAACUGUGGGCAGGAUACAGCGAUGCGUUAAGCUUCACCUGGUACUACCCUCUUUGCAUUAAUACAGGGAAGUAAGACUUUGCACUGACAUAUGGACGAACUGAAGAUACACACUUAAACACACACACACACACACAAGCAUACGAACAUGAGCUAACAUAUACAACCGGUUUGGAGGAAAACUCUUCUCAUACUGACUGGAAUGCUUGUAGACGCUCAGAAUAACAAACACGGGCUCCUACUAAACUGUCUGAUUUCUUUCUGAAUGACACAUUAACACACAUUACUAACUGUCAGACACCUCGAAUAGCAAAAUUGUAAUUCACAUUCCGGCAUCUAGAGCAGAUAUUCAACUUCACGCGCACCAACCUGUCUCUGUUCACAUUGAAAACCAAACCAGCUCUCGUCUUUUUCUCCCUUUUUUUCCCCCCUCUGCCCUCCAUUCUCUCCAUCUAACAAGGCAGUAUCCCACUGCAAAUGGAGAAAUCCAUCUACGGCACAUUAUUACUGACAAACAUAAUCUCCCUUUCUCCCUCUGACAUGUUUUUGUAUGCCAUCAAACCUUCCUUCCUGCGUUCUCACAAAGCCCUGGUUGAAUUUCCCAUAAUGCAGCACCACAUAACAUGCAAAAAUAGCAUUCCCGCCUUGUGCUAUCAAGCCAACGGGCUCUAAUAUACAUAUAUAAAUAUAUAUAAAUAUAUAUAUAGAAUUAUAUAGCAUUCUUUUUACUUGACAGAAAAUGUUUGGUGUGCUGUAAAUACACUAGUCUCUUUCUCUCGGUCCUCUUACUAUCUUCUGUCUUUUCUUCUUCUGUCCCUCUCUCCUGAAUCUCAUACAGUCCGUUACUGCAUUACAGUAACUUAUAUACUCAAAAAAAAAGCCUGCCUGUUUUUAUUACAUGCGUUGAAAUGCAGAGUCGAAAAUAUCAAUAUCUGGAGAAAAAAUAGAAAAAUAAUGAUGUUGCGAUGAACACUAACCUUAACUGCAAAUAUUUGUAUGAGGAACGUUUUAUUCCUUUUCUUUCUUUAGUCUGUUUUUUUUCCUUUAUGGGGGACUUCUGAGAUAUUUUCUCUCUCCUCAGUGUCUCGGUGUGUUAUACCGUCAGUGUUAACAGUUUACAGUGUCCGUCAGGUUGUCAGUCCAGGAGUCCAUCCAUCCAAUCUUGGAUUUGUACUUUAUGUUUUGUGUCGGUGCUGUUCAUUUAGUCACUUCCACCAUUUCCCCCUCAUCCAGUGGUGCCAUCCUGUCCCUGUGUUUUCGUCUUCCCUCUGCUCCCAAACACUUAACUGUAGCAGAACCUCAGUCAGACGUGGCUUUGAAGGUGUCAAAGUGUUUGGAGCGGUCAGUGACGAAACAGCCCGUUGUGUUGUAUGUGUGUAGACCGCUGUGGUCUUCUGUCCACUCGGCCCCCGCUCCACUGUUUUACCCCCUUCAGCAGACUGCUUAUCGUGUCGAAUCAACCUGGCGCUAAAUUCACUGAGCAGUGACAUCAUGACUUUGUCUAAGAGGCCGGCUGAGUCGCUGCUUCGGGGGAGGUGAAAAUGCUUGCGCGAUUUCCCCUUCAGGGCCAAACACGACUGCCUACAUACAUUAUGACAAACUUCCUGGCAAAAAGAAAAAAAACCUUUCUGUUAUUGUUUCUUUUUCUGUGCGUGUUAUUGCAAGUUUAAAUCACUCGCCAGCUUAGCAAAAGGUUCCCAUAAAUGAACAGUGUUUUAUUAAGGUUGGGAGUUCACUUUGGCACGGCCAAGCUCCACUUGGCCCGGUCGCGGAAAUUGAUUGCAAUCUAACUAAGAGGCUCCGGGCUCCAGACUGUACGCAUGCCAGGGUGGGCAGCCUGCCGAGCUGGAGUCUGGGCCGGACUACCACUGAAGAAAGUCAUUUAGGAACCUAAACGUCCUCAUCUUUUUUUCCCCCUCUGUGCCGCCCUUACAUUUCUUUUCAUUCUUUAAUCAAUCAUCCCGUCUGCGUCCUGAUCCACCUUCACCCGGUCUCUCCUUUGCUUUCCUCAUCACUCCUUCCUUCCUUCCCGUUCCUCCCCCUCCCUCUCUAAUCGAUGUCCGACCCUCCUUGCUGGUUUCUGUCGCUCAUUCAGGAGUCCACGUAGAGAUACAGUAGAAGUAGCAUCUCUAGGUUUGCCAGCAUGUGCUCAUGGCUCUCUGCAGCACUUUUUCAAAGUGACAGAGAGAGGAAUCCAUUUGCUGUUGUCCUACCCGUAGACAGUUAUGUCUGUGAUAGUUUUGUACACUUUUUCUUUUUGGGAAUGUUCAGGGAUUGUGCUUUUCAUACCUUUCCCCACUUCGAUGUAAACUGCUGCCUAGCGGGCUACUUUGAAAGCAAGUAACCUACUUAGUGUAUCUAUAAGCUAGCUAUACUACAAAGGGUAACAUCUUGACCUAAACCAGGGUCAGUUGUUGUGUUUAUUUUCUUACAAGAACUCUUAGUCGCAAUUUGGGUUUUGCUUCAUGGAGUACUGCAGAAACAAGUCCUUAAACCUGGAAGUGAUGUAGCACUUCACGGUUCCCUGAUCUCAAAGUCAGUGGGUUUUUGGUUACAUUUCUGAAAUAAGGUCCGUGGUCCAUAGGCUGUUUUGGCCGACAAUGUAUAUGCAACUAAAUACUGCAAAAUUUGAAGCUUGUUUUAAAAAAUGUUUUAGCUAACAAGAGUCUGUUAAACAUCAUAAAACAGACAUAGAAAGUACCUACCAAAUCUACUAUUACAACUAUGUUAUGCUCUUGCAAAUGAACAGGAAACAUUUUUACAAAGGAGGUACAUGUGUGAAAUCAAAGUAGGCGACAAGUCAAAUGCUAACAUUAAUAGCCUAACAUUAGUAUUUUGCUUGUAGCUAUUGCUUUAACACUUGAAACUCAAACAUGUUUUUCAUUUCUAAUGAUAUUAGAAUUAUCUUUCCAUGGUAACUUUUUUUUGUUAACAAUCUAAAUGGAAAACCUGGCUUUUUGGUGAGGGAACUGGAGCGAUGCUAACUUUGGGUUUAGCAGCAUUCUACUGACACUGAAGUAAACUUGACUUAAAAAGUGUUUUGAUUAUGUUUAAGAGUGUUUAGACGUACACCUUUAAACACAGUGAUUUGGUCAUCUGAAGACUUUAAAACACUGUUUAUCCCAUAUUUGCUCUGUGACGCGGUUCAGCUUUUACCGUUGUUGUGUUUGCAGACCAGAGGAAGGGCUUUGUCUCACAGAGCUUGUCCGCUUUUAUUUUUGAAGAGUUACCUUUGUUUUGUAUUUAACCCCAGUCUAAUUUUGUAUGGAGAAAGGAAUAACCUACCUGCCUAAUAAUACUUAAAAAAAGUGUAGUGUCUGUACAAACUAAUGGACCUGUAAUUGCCUGUAAUUUAUCGUCCUGUCCUUCGUCUUAGUUAAUGUGCUAGCAUGUAGCUUGCAUGAGAAACAGGAAGUGUAGAAAGCGUUGAAUGAUGAAAGAUGAAAAGUGCCGACAAGCUCGUCUGGUGAGACAAUAGCGCUGCUGACCUGCAGACUGUCCUCUGAUCCGCAAACACAGGUCAUGUCCCAGUUAAACCCACAAUGCACCUCUUCAACACUGCGGUCCUCGGAAUGACUCAGAGCCAACUGCUGCUAGAUGAAGUAGGACUCAAUCUGCUUUUUUUUUUUUUUUUUUUUUUUUUUUUUUUAAUCCUUUCCCCCCGACAACCACUACGUUAUAGAGUGAUGUCGAGGUAUAGUGGCGUUGAAAUUCCAAAUUCAUCGCAUCAGUGCAGUAAUGAUUAGCUGUCACCAGAUGCCAGCAGCAGCCAACAGCAGCUUUUCUUUUCCCGCUUCAGUCCGACCGAGCUGUCCUGCCCACCACUUGACUCGAAACCAUCUCUUCUUCAGGCAGUCGCACACUACCUGCCACUCAUCUCCACUCUUUUGUAGUAUAAACAAAUUGAUUUUUAAAUUAUGUUUUGUGAAAGGUGUGCAUAAUUUUAAACCUGUUUCUUUGAAUUAAAUUGAUCAUUUGCUCUUUCUUUCUUACUUACUUCCUCUUUUUUUUUUUUUUUUUAAUGAUUAGAUAUUCCAAAACUUGAAGGUUUGAACUUUAGUUUUGAUUCUUUUGGUCAGUUUCUGCCAUUUUUAUAUAAUUUCAUGUAUAUAGUGUUGCCUUUAAUGGAUACUCUUACAAACACACCCAUACACACUUACACACACACUUUGAGUACAAACACAUCCACACAUAUCCGGAUAUGCACGGCAGGCAUGAUGUCUGUGAUUAUGGUGUAUUUGUACAUAUGUGUGUAUGUCUGUUUGAGUGUGAGGUGUGUGUAAAUGACCCAAACCGACUCCAGAGACACUAUUUAUGUGUUUCAUUCACGACAAAUUUUAGUGAUUAAACCCGCAUUUUUGUUUAGCUUUGUUUCUUUCUGUUUUUUGUUUUGGUUUUUUUUUGUUGGAUGACAAGUCUUCCUUUGGAAUAAAUAUCCAUAUCACAUGAGAGUAGUGCAGUCAUGUAUGUUCAUUUGUAUUAUGGCUGAUGAUGAUGUCAUCAAGGCAAGACCCGGCCGCAUGCUGUGGUGGGUUUGCAUCUGUUGGCUAUUAUAUUCAUAGAGUAUUUGUUCUUAUUUUGGUUUUCUUUUUUGUUAAAAACAGUUCAGUUGUUGACUUCAAUAAACAUGCAUUUGGGUUAAUUUCA